GAGGCUGUGGAAGAGAGGGAGCCGAAAGACCAUUUAAAGCGAUAGCAAUCCCUUCCCUCUCCCCAGUGCUGUGCUGCUGGGGAGCACGGCGAGGAGGAGAGGGAGAGAGUGAGAGAGAGCUAGAGAGAGAAAAAGAGAGAGAGAGAGAGAGAGAGAGAGAGAGAGACAGCAAGGAGGAGCGCAGUGCGCCCUAGUCUGGGAGGCAACACGGGACACCCCCGUCUUCUCUUCAGUGCCCCAGACAGCCCCCCUGCUUUGCAUGAAGGAGACCCCGGGGGCCCCAGCUGGUCAGAGCAGGGCACCUGGGCAUCGCAGCACAAGCCACCGCCUCCGGGGCCGGGGCCGGGGCCGCCUCUGCCACCGCCACCACCACCGCAGCAGCAGCCUCAUCAGCAGCGGCGGCCCCAACUGCUCCAACACCAUGCUCCAGCUGGGGAGACUAUUUCAUCUCUUGACUUUGAUGAAGUUGCCCUGUUGUUUGCUGGAGGUGCUCCUGGCCGCUGCCGCUGCGGCGCAAGGCCAAGAGAUGUAUGCCCCGCACUCCAUCCGGCUCGAGGGGGACAUCACCCUAGGGGGGCUCUUCCCGGUGCACGCCAAAGGUCCCACCGGCGUGCCAUGCGGGGACAUCAAGAAGGAGAACGGGAUCCACAGGCUGGAGGCGAUGCUCUACGCCCUGGACCAGAUCAACAGCGAUCCGGAGCUGUUACCCAAUGUCACACUGGGCGCGCGGAUCCUGGACACUUGUUCCAGGGACACUUACGCGCUGGAGCAGUCGCUCACUUUCGUCCAGGCGCUCAUCCAGAAGGACACCUCCGACGUGCGCUGCACAAACGGCGAGCCGCCGGUCUUCGUGAAGCCGGAGAAAGUAGUGGGAGUGAUCGGGGCAUCGGGGAGUUCCGUGUCCAUCAUGGUAGCUAACAUCUUAAGGCUGUUUCAGAUCCCCCAGAUUAGUUAUGCCUCAACUGCACCAGAAUUAAGUGAUGACCGGAGGUAUGAUUUCUUCUCUCGAGUGGUCCCACCAGAUUCCUUCCAGGCCCAGGCUAUGGUGGAUAUUGUGAAAGCUUUGGGAUGGAAUUAUGUCUCCACUCUUGCAUCAGAAGGAAGUUAUGGAGAAAAAGGUGUUGAAUCCUUCACCCAGAUUUCCAAAGAGGCAGGUGGGCUCUGCAUUGCUCAGUCAGUGCGAAUCCCUCAAGAACGGAAAGACAAGACCAUUGAUUUUGAUAGAAUUAUCAAACAGCUUUUGGAUACUCCCAACUCCAGGGCCGUGGUGAUUUUUGCCAACGAUGAGGAUAUAAAACAGAUCCUGGCAGCAGCCAAAAGAGCAGACCAAGUGGGUCAUUUCCUCUGGGUGGGAUCAGACAGCUGGGGCUCCAAAGUGACCCCAUUGCAUCAGCAUGAAGAUAUAGCUGAAGGAGCUAUCACCAUUCAGCCAAAGAGAGCCACAGUAGAAGGUUUUGAUACAUACUUUACAUCACGUACACUAGAGAACAACAGAAGAAAUGUGUGGUUUGCAGAGUAUUGGGAGGAAAACUUCAACUGCAAGUUGACAAUUAGUGGGUCCAAAAAAGAAGACACAGAUCGAAAGUGCACAGGGCAGGAGAGAAUUGGAAAAGAUUCCUAUUAUGAGCAGGAGGGCAAAGUUCAGUUUGUGAUUGAUGCGGUGUAUGCCAUGGCCCAUGCCCUUCACCAUAUGAACAAGGAUCUCUGUGCUGAUUACCCUGGUGUCUGUCCAGAGAUGGAGCAGGCAGGGGGCAAGAAGUUACUCAAGUAUAUUCGCAGUGUUAAUUUUAACGGCAGUGCUGGCACUCCAGUGACGUUUAACAAAAAUGGGGACGCACCUGGACGUUAUGACAUCUUUCAGUACCAGAUAACAAACACCACCAAUCCUGGCUACCGCCUAAUUGGCCAAUGGACUGAUGAGCUGCAGCUCAAUAUAGAUGAUAUGCAGUGGGGCAAAGGAAUGCGAGAAAUCCCAUCAUCAGUCUGCACUUUGCCUUGUAAGCCUGGUCAAAGGAAAAAGACCCAAAAGGGAACACCCUGCUGUUGGACCUGUGAGCCAUGUGAUGGAUAUCAGUAUCAGUCUGAUGAGAUGACAUGUCAACACUGUCCAUAUGAUAAGCGACCAAACGAGAACCGUACUGGCUGCCAAGAUAUCCCCAUUGUGAAACUCGAAUGGCACUCACCUUGGGCUGUUAUCCCUGUUUUCUUGGCAAUGCUUGGGAUUAUUGCCACAAUUUUUGUAAUGGCUACCUUUAUUCGUUACAAUGACACUCCAAUUGUCCGGGCUUCAGGAAGAGAGCUCAGUUAUGUCCUACUGACAGGAAUCUUUCUUUGCUACAUAAUUACCUUCCUAAUGAUCGCCAAACCAGAUGUGGCAGUGUGCUCCUUCCGGCGAGUAUUCCUGGGCUUGGGCAUGUGUAUAAGCUAUGCUGCUCUCUUGACUAAAACAAACCGCAUUUAUCGUAUAUUUGAACAAGGAAAGAAGUCAGUGACAGCACCAAGGCUAAUAAGCCCAACAUCACAGCUGGCAAUCACUUCCAGUUUAAUAUCUGUCCAACUUCUAGGUGUUUUUAUUUGGUUUGGGGUUGACCCACCCAAUAUUAUUAUAGAUUAUGAUGAACACAAGACAAUAAAUCCUGAUCAAGCCAGAGGAGUACUCAAAUGUGACAUUACAGAUCUACAAAUCAUUUGUUCCUUGGGGUAUAGCAUCCUACUCAUGGUUACAUGCACUGUCUAUGCCAUCAAGACUCGGGGUGUCCCAGAGAAUUUUAAUGAAGCCAAACCCAUUGGAUUCACUAUGUAUACAACCUGUAUAGUUUGGCUUGCCUUCAUUCCAAUAUUUUUUGGCACUGCUCAGUCAGCUGAAAAGCUCUACAUACAAACUACCACACUUACUAUAUCCAUGAACUUAAGUGCAUCAGUGGCGCUGGGGAUGCUAUACAUGCCGAAAGUGUACAUCAUCAUUUUCCAUCCUGAGCUGAAUGUCCAGAAAAGGAAACGCAGCUUUAAGGCGGUCGUCACAGCAGCCACCAUGUCAUCUCGGCUUUCGCACAAACCUAGUGACAGGCCCAAUGGAGAAGCAAAAACAGAGCUCUGUGAAAAUGUAGACCCAAAUAACUCCAUACCACCAGUAAGAAAAAGCGUACAAAAAUCUGUUACUUGGUACACUAUUCCACCUACAGUAUAGCUUUUGCCUGCUUUCCCAAAGGCCCUGCUGCAAAAAAGAAGUACGUCAGUUAUAAUAACCUGGUAAUCUAACCUUUCCCAUCCGAAGUAAGGGAGGAGGUUGGAGAUCUUCAGUUAUUAAGUCACCCAACCUGGCACAGGACUCUUCCUGUCCUGCCGCAUACCAUCAUCGGAGGAGUUCAACGGCCAGGCAGUUACUGGAGACCAAUGUUAGAGGAUCCAAGUAUCCUAAACAGCUGCUUCUGAAAUAUCCUUAAUUUAUCUUGGCUUAAUAAGUCACUGGCAUCAGCACUGCCAUCCGGCUGUGAUCUUGGGCCUUCUCAAUGACUAGGAGGUAUGGAACUCAAGUCCCAGGCUCCUUAUGGGUGAACUGCAUAGAGCAGCAGUGACUUUCCAGGGGCAAAUCUGUCUUUCUAUGUAUGUAUUUCCAGACUGCAAGGUUUUGAAACUUUCUGUACAGUUUGUGAGGAUUUUUUGCAUAUCACCAUCUAAUGUUGUAUCCAAGUUCACUGUUUGUUUUGAAUGCCCAGCUCUCUUAGAGCCCCUACUCUCUCAGAUGACAGAUCAUUUGGAAACAAACAAACAAAAUCUCGGCAGACAAAAACUAUAUCUGUACAUUACUGUAUAAUUAUUAUUAUUGUACCACAGCAGAUCAUAUAUGUUAUUUUUUUUAAGAAAAAAAGAGAUAUUUAAAGACCAAAAACUGUGCUGAGAAAGUAUGCCCCACCUAUGUAUCCUCAGUGUGAUAGGCUGCAAGGAUGGGAAAAAAAAAAAAAGGGAUUGGCGGACUUGAAUAGAGGUCUUGAUAUUUGGAAUGCAUGCCAGUAAUGUAUCUUACAAUACAUGUUCAAAAUUUAUGUUUGAUAUUUGUAUUUGUGUUUGAUUUUGUUACUUUAAUUAGGGUAUAUGAAUAUUUUGCAAUAAUUUUAAUAAUUAAGGUAUUUGGAAGAAAGACUAUGGCUUUUUCAUGUCUUGAGGUUUUGUUGAUGCCCCUCUAUGACUGACCAGUGUGAUAAGAACUUUAAAAAAAAGCAUGUAUGUUUUUUACUGUUUGUAAGAAGUAAUUUCGUUAAUCUUGCUGCUUAUGUGCCAAUUUAGUGGAUCAACCCGUGCCGCGAAACUCUCCCCUUUCCAUUCUCUUUCAAAUCUGUGAUAUUGUCCAAGAAUGUAUCAAUAAAUG